GGCCGCAGUCAGGAAGUGGAAGAGACAUUCGGACACGGGCACUCCACUACGCACCCACAGCCCGCACGUGGAGGAGGACGACGCCGGGGUGGCUCGCGGUACAUUCUGGUUUCAGGAGUAAAAAAGGACAUUUAGGCGUGAGAUAGAUCGUGUGGGAAGUCUAAAACGUGAAUUGACUGCACUGUAAACAAUUAUCAGGAUGGUGUCUGUGACCAAAAUGAGUAAGCAAGUCCCACCCAAACCAGUCUCCAAAAAGAAGAAAAUGAAGAAGACUCAAGCAAAGAAAGCCACAAAUGAAAAACCUAUAGAUGCAGUGGUCGAUGGUAGUUUGGAAAAAGCAGCGAGUGAUUCUAGAAUGGGUAAGAAAGUUGCACCCAAAACAGUUCCCAAGAAGAAGAAAAUGAAGAAGACUCCCGUGAAGAAAGCCGUAAAUGAAGAACCUGCAGAUGAAGUGAUUAAUGAUGGCUUGGAAAAACAAGAGAAUGGUUCUACGAAUGAUAAUGAACAGCAGUUGGAAAAUAAGGAAAAGGACCAAGCAUCUCCAAAGAAAAAUGGAAAGGCAAAAAAGAAUAAGAAAAAGAAAAUGAAUAAGUCAUUAGAGACAGCACAGGAGGCCUCGCAAGAAAAUCAAGAUGCAGAUGAGGAGAGGAAUGAUGAUAAGAUGCAGAUUGAAAAUUCAGAAGCAAAACCCCAGAACAAGAAAAAGAGGAAGAGUGACAGCCAAGAUACUGCCGAGAAUAAAGGAGGAGUAAAGACAAAUAAGAAAAAGAAAAUGAAGAAGUCAGUAAACACAACUGAGAAGCCAUUAGAAGAAAAUAAAGAAGCAGAUGAUGAGAAAGAUGAUGAUGAGGAGGACAAAGAUGAACAACCAACUACUAAGGGAAUGAGUGAUGAAGAAAAGGAAGAAAUUGAUCGGCGUACCAUAUUUGUUGGCAAUGUUGAUAUUAAAGCAAAACGGUCAGCAUUGCGUAAGAUUUUUAAAGAAUAUGGUGAGAUCGAGACAAUUCGAUUCCGUAAUGCUGCUGUUGCUGACCCUAACGAGUCCAAAAGAGUGGCGAUGAUUAAGAGACAUUUCCACGAGUCGCAGGUAUCCAUUAUUGUCUAUAUAAGAUUCAAAACUGAGGAAUCGGCAGUAGCUGCGCUGAGUGCCAACAACAAGAUUCUCAAGGAACGGCACCUUCAAGUUGAUCGAGUCACUGGGAGCCGUAAAGUCGAUCCUAAGUGCUCUGUCUUCAUUGGAAAUCUUCCAUUUGAUGCCAAUGAGGAAGAGGUUCGAGAAAUUUUUCUGGACUGUGGUGCGAUUGAGAAUGUUCGCAUUGUACGUGACAAAGAGCUGGGCUCUGGAAAAGGAUUCGGCUAUGUUAACUUCCAGUCACCAGAUGCUGUUGAGUUGGCUCUCAAGAUAAGUGGAACCCUCCUUAGAAAGAGACAGUUGCGGGUAAAGCGUUACUUGAUGAAGGAGCAAGUGGAGAAGCGUCAGAAGAUAAUGGAAAAGAAGACGCAACUGAAUCCCAAGAAGAUGAGGCUGAAUUUCAUGGCUAAGAACAAGCAAGGAGGGAAAAAAUCAUCGACAUCCUUCACUGGAGAGAAGUUCAAAGCAAAGGAGAAUAUCAAAAAGAAAAAGAAGUUCACCAAAGAUGAAAAGAAAAAGUUUGCCAUCUCAAAGAAGCUGUCAGGAAGCAACUAACAUCUGGUAUCAAGCAAUAAAUGAAAUUACUUUAAUUAAGGGGAACAGUUAAGAAUGGUGGUUAUAAGAAAAAGAACAGUGUCAUGCAUAAACAGAAAUCUAGACAUAUGCUGUAUAAUAAAAGGAAAAUAAAAAUUUAUCAUAUGAAUGU